AUGCUCGCUGUGGCCGCGCACAGCGCGGAGAACGCGGCUCAACACACGCCGGACGACUCGGACUUUCAGGACAUGUCACAGUCUGGGUUGUUUGCGCCGAGCGCGCCGCAACCUAUUUCUGAUAAAAGCGUGCGUGAGUGCAGUCUCGUGCAUGGACUUGUUCCCGUAUCGAGCCGCUUUUGGUUCGGCGUGUUUGACGAGCAAGCGAUGCCGCAUCCCGAGGUGCUAAAUAGCGGGAAUGGCCUGCAAGCAGCUGCCUUUCCUCUCGAUCUCUCCGUCGAGCGGCCCGAGCGAAUGCACUGGUUCAGUGUGGAUGAGGAUUUGGUCUAUCUGAGCUUCUCGCAGGACUGGGGCCCGCUCAAUAUCGCCAUGUUUUACCGUUUCUGCGUGCAUGUGCACCAGAUGCUGAUCGAUAAAGAGAUGCAAGAUGCACAUGUGGUCCUGUAUACAAGCACACAUCCCCACCACAAAGCGAACGCGGCAUUGCUUUGCGCUCUCUACGCCAUGACCAUUGACCACAUUUGCCCCGCGGACGCGUUCUACCCUUACAGCGAGAUCGAGUUUGUUCCUUUUCGCGAUGCGGGCUACGGCCGCGGAGACUUCAGCUUGACAAUCCAGGACAUCUUGUACGGGAUGCGCCGAGCGUUGGACAACCACUUGCUGGAUCUCACCACGUUUGAUCUGGGAGAGUACGAACACUACGAGCAAGUUCAUAAUGGAGACUGGAACUGGAUCACGCCCCAGUUCCUAGCAUUUGCGAGUCCCAAAGACAAGGGGUACAUGGCGGCACUCACCCUCGCGAAUGGCAGCACCGCGACAGCAGCAUUGCGGCACACUAUGGUGCCGCAAGCACUGCAGCAAACGAUCCGGUACUUUAAGGACCACAAUGUUGGACUUGUCGUGCGGCUCAAUAACCCUCUGUACAACUGCUCCGCGUUCGAGCAAGCGGGCAUCACGCACCUCGACAUGUACUUUGACGACGGCUCGAAUCCCUCUGACGAAAUUGUGCGUACAUUUAUCCACGAGGCAGAUCGGUCCAUCCGGAACAAGCGUGCGAUUGCAGUCCACUGCAAGGCAGGGCUUGGCCGCACCGGUGUGUUGAUCGGCGCGUACCUGAUCUGGAAAUACGGGUUCACAGCGAGCGAAGCAAUUGGGUACAUGCGCAUGAUGCGGCCAGGCUGUGUUGUCGGGCCGCAACAACAUUAUAUGUACGAAAAUGCAAUGCGCUGGGUGCGAUGGGGCGCCCAAGACCAAUUACGCGCAGAGUUUGCUUCCAGCGCGCCAGUGCCUUCGACCCCCUCUGUGAAACGCGCCCAAGAUGUGGCAGUUUCCCCAAGAACAAAACCCACCCCCUGUGUCGGCCAGCCGCGCAAGAGCCCGAGCCCCAAACGGAAAAGGAUGCUCGGUGCAGAUACCAGCAUGCAGUCGCGCAAGGUGUCUGGCGACAGCAGUGCAUCCCACGACAGCGCCAGUGCGCGCAGCAUCUCGGAUGAGUUUGAUGCACACACCGUAGAGACCCUCACUCGCCCGCCAUGCACCGAUGCCGAGGUCCUUGGCGUAUUGGAGCCGUCAACGCCGCCGCGCGCAAGUCCGACGGCAACAGCGGCGCUCAAUGCGCAACGCAUGGCGCCUGCUUCGGCCUCGCCAGAGCGCGCAACCUCUCCUACACGCCCACGACGUGCCAUGGCACUAGCACAGCCAGCCAUACGCAGUGCCGUACCCGUGCGUGCAAAAACCUCGCCGCGAGCCGCAACGCGCGUGGAAACAGAGAAUGUGCCGCCAAGGCUCGUGCGUUCGCCUGUACGGCCACGGACAUAG